UGAUAAUUUUUAUAUAAAAACCUUCAAAUUGUGAUGAAAAACUUUAUAAACAAAAUUUAAAGUAAAAGUUUUGACUUUUAUUUACUGUAGUUUUACUACAUAAAAAUGAGAUCUAUAUCACUUGAAAGGGCAUCAAUCGCAGAUAACUAAUAUGAUAAUUUUUUUUUCAAAUAACCCACCCGGAACAUUCUAUAACGAUUCUUUCAAACUACAUAUAAAGUGUUUUUCCAGCCUUGAGAUGCAGCUUCGAAAAAUACCCUAAGACCAUGUGCCAUAAGCAUGAUAGACAAAUUAUGGAAUUAUGUGGAUGUGGGUGAUAAAUAAUCCAGAACAUAAAAUGAUUGGUGCCUUGGAUAGGUCUUUGAUUUGGAUUUAUGAGGUAUGAAAUUCUCGGUGUACUUCCAAAAUAAAGUGCAUUUACUAGCAGAUAGAUCUUCCUUGGCUUAAACCUAAUUGUUUAGUUUUUGAAGGUUUUUAGGGGUCCAUAACCCCAGUAUGCGUUUUCAGUGCUUUUUUUAGUCAGCAGGCAACGCUUAAACCUACUCUGUAUCGUAGAAGCAAAGUCAAUGGUGUGGUAACGUUUUUUUUUUUUUAGCUAUCAUCCCUAUUUAAGAAACUGCAUUGUUGAUGCUUUUCAUAUUGGAGUUAUGAGAUGAAUGUCAAAUUUCGUUGCCUGAUCCGUAACCCGGAAAAAAAGCUAAUUCUCAUUCCGAAAAUUCUCCUUUUUGUACAAUUUUUUUUGAUGAAAUGCGAGUAAUUCAAAGUUUUCCACUUAAAUUUUGAAUGCAAACAGGAAACAAAUUUCAGUCAUAUACAAAUUUGAACAACUUUCAAAGGCGAGGAUAAAUAUUUCGUGAAAAUUAUAAUAUCUAUGUCUGCAAAAUGAUAUUUUCAAUGCUAACGAAUAAGCUAUAUUUUCAUACAUUAAGUAUUGAAAAACUUCAGUUACAUUCAGCAAGCAAGGGAUUUUCUUAACUCAGUAAUAACUGCUACCCCAGUUGCAUCAUUGAAUGAAACGAUUAGUGAGGCGUCAAGAACCUGGACUGGACUGCCGUAACAGUUAAAACAAAUUUUACUUUUGAACAACCUAAAGAUGCAUAUCUAAAACCUAAAACAAGCCAAAUAUACAUCCCUCUUUUUUAUUAUAUUUAUAUAUUAUAUCAUAGACUUAGCUUAUUUUUUUGUUUCUAUUUAUAUGAAGCAUAGUUCCGUAAAUGUUCCGCUUCACUCAUUUAUCUACAUUAAUUUGUUAAAUUAAUUAUAAUAAUAAUACCAACUUCAACACUCCCCAAGAACACAAAUUGAUUUAUUGCAAACUUAUAAGUUCAAACAUUUAAUAGGUUUGACUAAACACUCUUCAUCCAGGGUAAAAAGAGGUCUUCUUGUUUUUUUUUUUAUUACAUAUUAUUAUUUUAUACCAGGAAGAAACAUGUGCAACCAUAUGGUAUCUAGGCACCGAAACACCAUCACCCCUUCACUGUCGGAUGGGCCUCUAUAUAUAAUCGACUAAACGUUCCUGUUCGACAUGAUCUUCAGGUAUUUUUUGCUUUUAAUAAAUUUCAUGAUAGAAUAUCAAGCACGCAAUCGUCAUUAUUAUGCCUGUGCACCAUAAUAAUAAUUGCAGAUGGUAAAUCUAAGUAGUUAGUAGUUUAACACUUGGGCCUUCAUUUUCAAUACUCCUCAACCGAACCAGAGAAAGCUAAUAAUAAAAACAAAAUGCAAGAAAAAGACCCAUUAUAUGCCCACCACCUCCAUCCAUAGUCGACUCGGGCCAGAAAAAAUAAUGUUUUCAUGGUUAUAAAUAUUAUCGCACAAGUUUUGAUUAAACUAAAUUGACUUUAAACAUCAACUUGAAAGGAACACCCAGAGGAGUACACUCUCUUUGUCAGCUUAUUGUAAAAAGGAUACUAUCCUGAAAUGAAAUUGGUGCCAAUUGCACUGCUCUUGAUCUUGGCUAUAGUUGAUCGAACACAAUGCAGAGGUUCAAAGAAGGCAAGGGAAUCCCUAAAUCUCGAUGACAAAGGACACCCUAAUGACAUAGAGCAUCACAAAUCAGAUAUUGACUCUGAGAACCCGAAUCGCGAUAAAAGAGGCACAAAACACUUCAUACAUAUCGUCAAGCCCGUGAAGCAUUUGAAAAAGAUCAAGUAUGUCCCCGCAAAAGUUCACUACAAUCAUGAGCCUGAAGUGAAGCACGAAGAAAUUGAAGAGGAAAAGGUCCAUCAUACCUUUGAGGAACACCAUGAGCACAUCGAGCAUAAGGAAGAACAUAAAGAGGAGUCCGAUGAAAUCCACCAUCACGAGGAACCACCUCAAGAAGAAAUCCAAUACAAUGAAGGCCAUGAGGAGCAUAUCAAAGUAAAACACCAUCACCACCACCAUCAUCAUAACCAUGUCAAGACCAUUGUCAAAAAGGAACCCUAUCCAGUGGAAAAGAUAGUUCAUGUUCCUGUUGAAAAAGUUAUUCAUGUCCCAAAACCCUAUCCAGUGGAGAAGAUCGUUGAAAAGAUCGUUAAUGUUCCAGUGGAGAAGAUUGUACACGUGCCAAAGCCGUAUCCAGUGGAAAAAAUAGUUGAGAAGAUCGUAAACGUUCCAGUGGAGAAGAUUGUACAUGUACCAAAACCAUAUCCUGUGGAGAAAAUUGUCGAGAAACCAAUUCACAUUGAGAAAAAAGUAGAAGUUAAAGUUCCAUAUCCUGUGGAGAAGAUCGUUCAUGUGAGAGUUCCGGUGGAGAAAAUUAUCGAAAAGAUCAUUCAUGUGCCAAAACCGUAUGCAGUUGAAAAGAUUGUUAAUAAAAUUGUCCACGUUCCGAAGCCAUAUCCGGUGUUUAAGGCUGUCCCGUAUCCCGUUGAGGUGAAGGUACCAGUUCACAUAGAAAAGCCAGUUCCAUAUCCAGUUGAAAAGAAAGUACCUUACAAGGUUGAGGUUGAGAAACAGGUGACAGUUGAAAAGAAAGUUCCUGUUUACAUUCAUGCUCCAUAUAAAUAUGAAGAAGAACAACGGCAUCGUGAAGAAGAGGAACAUCAUCAGUAUGAACAUCCUCCGCCUCCAGAACAACAUCAUGAACAACAUGACUCAUAUAGUAAUAGUGGCGGUGAACAACACCACGAUCAAUCGGGAUAUCCUUCUAGCAAGGAAGCAAAAUACACCUCAGCCAAGCAAUCCAAUAAUAUAAGACAGCAACUUAUUCAACAACAAAUCGAUAAUUUUAAUUACAAUCGACACCAACACCAGCAACAAGAGCUUGAAGCAGCUCAGAGUAAUCAUAAUUCAGUUGCAGUUGGGCAUAAUGGGAAUCAACAAAAAGAGCCGUUUAGGAUUUCUGUGGAGGAUAUGGAACCACAACCUCAAGAAUCUCAGCAAGUGAUGACUCAGUAUCAACCUUUGACACUUCCAUUUCAAUUGAUUCACAUGCCACCAAUGCCAUUCCAUUCGGGCAUAUCGGCACCAAUGGGAUUUGUUGGCCAGGAUAUUGCGCAACAAGGCUAUUUUAUUUAGAUACCUUUAAAACCAGUGUAUAGGUUUGGUUCCAAAUUAAGACGAUUGAUCGUAAUAUCGUAGGGACAAGAAGAAAAAGAACAUAAGACUUACUUAUAUUUAUUUUUAAUAUUUAAGCAAUAACCUUGCACAAGUAUUGUUUACGAUUAAAAUAAUCGUAAAAUAAAAAUAAACCUUAAAAUAUUGAAAAAAUAAAAAAAGUUUUUUUUUUAAUUUAGGGUGUAUUUAAAUAUUUUUCUUCUAAUUGAAUUUGAUUUGCCAGUCGUUUUUUUUUGUAUAAAUUUCCGAAAAAUUAUGAAUUUCAAUUCAGAGUUUUUGCAUUGAAUGCGGAAAUUCAGAAUUUUUUGAAGCUCCACAGAAUUUUCCUUUUUUUUUUAAAUAUGUAUACCUAACCAAUAAGGUAGGCUUGACGCUGGAGGCUAUCAACAUUCAGCACAUCCUGUUUAUUUUCUUGACCCCCAAAAAGAAAAACUAUAGAAUAUUGUUUGCCAGGCAUAAAAGUAUCUGCCUCAUAACACUUAUUUUAAUUUUUGAAGCCUCCUUUUGGAAAAGCCCUCAAAAGACCGUCUGGGCAGUCUUGCACUGCUUUUGAAAUUUAAAUAAAGUUAAGUUGUUUUUGACAUUUACUUAACACAUUACGGGUCACAAUAUAUUUAAUUUUUCCAAUACAGUACGCAAAAAGGUCGAUUAUUGCAUCUCUUGUGUUCCUUGAGAUGCAUGUCCUUUAGAAAGAAAUAUGAUUACGAAUUUUUUUUUCAAUUUCUUAUGUUGAUAUAAACUUAGUGACAAAAACAG